GUCUGCUACCAAAAUAAGUAACGUUAGCAAAUUUCAGCCUCUGGUGCAAAAACUUUUAAUGAUUUUUUUCUCGUGGCAUAAAUAUAUUAAAGCCUUUUGCACGACAUUAUAUAUAUUAAAUAUUUACAUGAAAUUCUUAAAUAGGAAAACGAACCAGUCUUGUUGUGAAACUAGCAAGUUGGCGAGCUAGCGACCCGCUAAUAGAAGCCUUAGAUUACAGUAAGGUUAGUUAGCGAGCUAAUUAGCUCUUAACCAUGGCGGAGAGCACAAACAAUAGUAUUGCGAAUCUUCCUCCCGGAGAUCCACAGCUCAUAAACUUUAUUGUUGAGCAUUUGAAAAACCGAGGACUGUUUGACGAGUUUAGGAGAGACUGUCUUGCAGACGUGGACACAAAGCCCGCUUAUCAGAAUUUACGACAGAAGGUUGACAACUUCGUAGCCAAUCAUUUGAGCACCCAAGAGUGGAGUCCUUCAAUCAAUAAGAAUCAAGUUCGGAAUGGACUGAGGCAGAGUGUGGUCCAGUCGGGGAUGCUGGAGUCAGGCGUUGACCGUAUCAUAUCGCAGGUGGUAGACCCAAAACUUAAUCACAUCUUUAGACCCCACAUAGAGGAUGCCAUCCACGACUUCCUGGCUUCAGAAAAGAAAGAGGAGGCGCCGUCGAACUCAACCAAUCUGGACGCUGAGCAGCCAGAAGCCCCCAGUAACAAUGUAGUAAAAACCCCAUACAUGUACGUCAAAUUUUCGAUAGGGGUAUUUUUAUUAUUGACAGUAAAGCAGGUGGACUCGACGGAAACAAGCGAUGUUCCAGAGACCUCGCAAGAGAGACUUCUUACCAUCCAGAAAAGACGGCUGUCUCUGCAGAACACAGCCGAGAUACAGCAUUGCCUGGUGACUGCGGGAGAUGUAGGCUGUGGUAUGUUCGAGUGCUUCAACAACAAUUCGUGCGAGAUUCGGGGUCUGCACGAGAUCUGUAUGACAUUCCUUCACAACGCCGGUAAAUUUGACUCUCAGGGAAAAUCGUUCAUCAAAGACGCGCUCAAGUGCAUGGCGCACGGACUGCGUCACAAGUUCAGCUGUGUCAGCCGCAAAUGCUGGGCAGUAAAGGAGAUGGUGUUUCAGCUGCAACGCGAGUGCUACGUGAAACACAAUCUGUGCGCCGCUGUCAGAGAGAACGUCAACGUCAUGGUGGAAAUGAUCCACUUUCAAGACCUAUUUCCCAAAGGGCCUCAUGUGGAGCUGGUGAACAUCCUCUUGGGCUGCGGGGAGGAGGUGAGGGUGGCCAUUGCCCAGAGAGUGCGCAUGCAAUGCGAGCAGAACUGGGGCGCGCUUUGUGCCAGUCUCAGCCUGUGCUCCAUAAGCCAACUGGAGAGCUCGGCCCCGCCCCGAGCCACCAUUGGCCCCGCCCACCCAACCUCCCACGCAGGCAAUGCCCUGCCUCCCGGUGGCCACUUGGCACUGGCCCAACCCAAGCUAGACAGGGAGGCAAUUGGAGAAGAGACCUGGAUCGGCAAAGACGAGAGGCAGUUCCAUUUGAGUUCUCCAUCUCAGGACAGGAACGCAACCAAUGCAGAGAUGACAGAGUCAAAUGCACCACUCAAUAACACAGAGGGAGACAUUCAGCCCAACAGGUUAUAA